UGGCAUCCAUAUUGAUGACGUCACUCAGUAAAUAAACAGACGCCGUCAGCUGGGUGGCCGCUCCGGGGAUUUCUGAGUUGGCUGUAUACUGUAUCUGAGCGUGCAGGUUUGUCCAGGCUCUCUCCCCUAUGGCAUCCCUUCCAGCACCUCGUAAGAAGCUCCAUGUACGCGAAGAAUUUGCUAGCCCAUUGCCUGUUCCAGUGGGAUCGCCUGCUGGUGUGGCAGUCAAUUCUUCUACAUGGCAUUACUACACAGCGUGCUAUGAGGAUGGCAUUGUUACUGUCCCUGAUCCAGAGCAUGCUGCCUCUCUCUGGCACAAUGGAUACUUUGGGCAUGGCAGAUAUGUUUAUAGCGAUGAUGACAAUACAUUCCUACCAAAAAAACGAUGGAAGCUAAUUGAGGCAGAUGGUUUAAGGGGUGAAUCAUGGUUUAAGGGGCAGCACAGAGCCAAUAGCAAUGCCAAUAAGAUAGUUUCUGAAGAGGUGGAAGUAGAGUCACUGUCAUGCAGUGAUCAGAAAAACUCGUCUCAAAGUGAAGCCCCUGAAAUCAUAAGUUCUGAUAGUAGUGACAGUGUAAUUGAAAUUGUAGAUCCAGAGAUUAAGAAAUGCUCUAGGACAGUUUUGACUCUUAACACUGAACGAGAAAGAACAUUUAAUGACUCGGAUCCCAUGGCUCCUGAUGGAUAUCUCCAGCUGUUACCAGAAGAAGCUCUGUUUCUCGCUUAUGCUCUCGGCUGUCUAAUUGUUUCCAAAAAGGAGACAGGGAUGAAAAAUAAGAAUGGCAAGCGAAGUUCAUCUCCACAUACUUAUGUUUCUGAGAUGACAAUUGAUAGUUUAUGGAGUACUUUCACGGAUGAUGAUCCCAAGUUUCCAAUAAAAUAUGCUGUAUAUCAUCACUACAGGACUAAAGGAUGGGUGGUGAAGUCUGGUCUCAAGUUUGGUGCCGACUGGGUUCUGUACCCAGUGGGCCCUCCAUUCUACCAUUCUCAGUACACCAUCAUGAUCCAGUGUGUAUGGGCAGACACUCUUGACAAGGACGAGACUUUGUCAUGGCGGGAACUGUCAUGGAUAAAUAUUUCUGCAACCGAGCGCAUGAAUAACCAGGUUAAUAAGACCCCGUUAAUAUCUAUGGUUCUUCGACCAAGAAGUCUAAGUGGUGAGAAAAUGAAAAGGAUCGAAUGUCUGAAGGAGCUUGUUAUCAAAGAAGUAUUGCUGUCAAGAUGGAAUCCCAAUGAUAAUGAACUACAAGCUAAUAAGUCAAGAUAGUAGAAUCUUGACUUAUUAGCUUUUAUAUUUUGACGACUUGGCUCAAACAACUGUCACUUGCAAUUUUAUUUCUUUUCUUGGCUCAUACAUUUUCAUAUUGACAUUUUUUCCAUAAAAUGGAAACAGUAUUCAUGUUUUAGCCUUAUAGAUGCUAAUAUUUUUUAUUGCAUUGACCUUUUAUUAUUAUUAUAUACAAUGUAACAUUUUUAUCUCUGAAUAAAAUAAUACAAUUUAAAA